AUGGCCUCCCCAAAGAUUGUCAUUGGCAUAGACUUCGGGACAACACAUUCGGGCGUGUCAUGGGCCUUGAACGGAGGUCAGAAAAAGAUUCGCCUUAUUACCGACUGGCCGAACCCAAACGCAACGAAUGCAAAUGCAGACAAGGUGCCAACCGUCAUUUCGUACAAAGAUGGCAAAGUACAGCAUUGGGGCUAUGACGUUGAGCUGAAAGAGGAGGCCUUUCGAUGGUUCAAGAUACUACUCCAACCCGACUAUCUCGACAAAAAGAUGACGACAACCGAGGUCCGUCGGAGCAGCGAACUACUGAAGAAACUAGGAUUAUCAGCCCAGGACGUUGUUUCCGACUACCUCAGACAAUUGUGGGAGUACACCAGAGAGAAUAUUCGCAAGCGGAUCGGAGAUGAUCAUUGGGAGAAUAGUCACGACAUCGCCAUAGUGGUGACAGUCCCGGCCAUCUGGUCUCAUUCUACUCAAGACAAGACUCUGAAAGCAGCAAGAGCAGCGGGUAUGCCGGCCAAGGCAGACAUAGAGCUUGUCACAGAGCCUUCUGCUGCAGCUAUUGCAACCUUACGAGACAAAUCCGAAGAGAAGUCACUGCAGGAGGGUGACAUAUUUGUCGUCUGCGAUGCCGGUGGUGGAACGGUGGAUCUCAUCAGCUACAGAGUCAAGGGCACAGAUCCUCUCAGACUUGAUGAGUGCGUUGAGGCUCAAGGCGGCCUUUGCGGAUCGGUAUUCCUAGACACUGCUUUCGAGAAUUGCAUCAAGACGCUGGUGGGCGAGAGGCAAUACGAGGGUAUCAGAUCAAUCGACAAGAAGAAGAUGCUUCGGACGUUCGAUUUUGGAGUCAAGCGAUCUUUCUCGGCCGGGCCAAACCAGAGCCGCAAGGAAUAUUCAGUCGAUUUGAGGGGUGUCGAAGACAAUGAAGAGGAAGGAAUCCUGGAUGAGACUAUUAGUCUGAAACAGUCCAUGCUUCAGACCGUGUUCGACCAUGUCUGUGGCCAGGUCGAGGUACUGGUUCACAACCAAGUCAGCGAGGUCAAGUCUGAGAACCUCCAAGUGAAGUCCAUCCUGCUGGUCGGCGGAUUCGGAUCAAGCAAAUACCUUCACCAUCGAUUAGAAACAUCGUAUCGUCACCAAAACAUUUCGGUACUGCAAGUUGACGGGGCCUACGGUGUUCUCACGAGCCAGCCAUUCGAUCCAGCGAGGCACGAAUUGAGAGACCGAUAUGUGGAUGAGUCUGACGGUAGCUACUGGGCAGGGUAUCAAAUGGAGUGGCUUGUGCGCAGGGGCGACCGAAUUAAAGAAGGACAGGACCUGACUAUCAAUCUAUACAAGUCCCUUCAAGGUGUAGGACUUAUGUCGCUGUUCUCUUCCCGUGGCGAUGAGGCGUUUGAGAAUGUUUUGUACUUUUGCAAAGAGGCUCAUCCCCCAUCACGAUACGAUGACGCCAUUGUCAAGGAACUGUGCAAAGUGAGGUUCAUCAUCCCCGGAAAAAUCAUCUGGGAAGAAAAAAGCUUCAAGGGAACUGGCAGGCGGGGAAAGUGGAGGAGACUGAACUUUGAAUUCAACGUUCGCCCUGGCAAUGCGACUCUGCGAUACGAGGUUAAGUAUCGCGGAGCAGUGAUGGGCGACGUUGAGGCAACGUAUACGCAAUGGUAA